AUGAGUCGUUUAGACGGAUAUCACAUAAUGGUUGUAUCUCAAUAUUUUUUAACUAUUAUAGACUUCAUUAAUUUAGAAUUUGUAAGCAAAAAGUAUGAAGGGAACAUUGAUAAAUUUCACAACAACCCAAUUCAAAUUAACAAAACAACAUUAAAAUAUUUUAGUCAUCUGGAGACUCUUAACGUUUGGUCGAAAGAAUCCGAAUUAUUUGGGAAUGUCCUUUUUAACAAAAUUGAACGCACUGGGAAAGAUUCAGUUUUUAAUUUUGAAACAAAAUUUUAUCAAAUAAAUAUUUGGUUUGAAGUAGAUUAUACUUUGACUCAAGUUCACAAAAACUCGAAUUUUUGUUUUAAAAACGUUGUAUAUACCGAAAAAGACAGACUGAAUUUUGGAGAAGUCAUUCCAACUUCAAUAAGAAGUCUUGGAGAAAAAUGUUUUUCGUCGUCACAAAUGACUUCAAUUCAAAUUCCAAACAAUGUGACCGACAUAAAACGUUUGUGUUUUGUCCAAUGCCAUUUGCUCGAAUUGAUAAUUUUGCCGUCUUAUAUGAAAAUCAUUAAUAAUUGCACAUUUUAUGGUUGUAGUGCUUUAAAGUCGAUUGUUGUACCAAAUGCCGUUACUUCAUUUGAAUAUGAAUGCUUUAAAAAUUGUGAACAACUCAGUUUAGUUAGUAUGUUGAAUGCUGUUAUAUAUUUUAAAGAUUUUUGUUUUGAUAAUUGUAAGAAAUUAGCAACCAUUGAUUUUGAGUCGAUAGAAUUUUUAGGGGAUAACUGCUUUGAAAGGUGCACAUUAUUAAAAAGAGUCGAAAUACCAAAAUUAAACGAUUAUUUAGCAAAACAAGCGUUUUAUAGUUGUUCAUCAUUGUCGAUUGUUGAUAUUCAAGGAAAUUAUGACCGAAUUGGAUGUGAAUGCUUUUAUAAUUGUGUAUCAUUGGUGUCCGUUUCCUUUCCUGACAGUAUUACAUGUUUUGGAAAUAGGUGCUUUUCAGGAUGUAGCGAAUUGAAAACAAUUUCAUUGCCAAAGAAGUUGAAAAAUUUAGCAGAAGAAUGUUUUAGUCGUUGUUUAAAACUGAAAGAAAUUGAAAUUCCAAAUGAGGUCACAAAAAUAUACAACUCGUGUUUUAUGGAAUGUUCUAUGCUGGAAAAAGUUCAACUUCCAAAUGGAAUCAGUGAAAUUAACGAAGACACCUUUUUCAAAUGCAGAAAGUUGAACACUAUUAAUAUACACAAAAAUGUAAAAUACUUAAGAGGUGGAUGUUUUGAGGAUUGUAAUUCUCUCGACAUUUGUGUGCCAACAACUGUUGUUCAUUGUGACCAAUUCUGCUUUAAAAAUUGCAAAAGUGUUGUGAACCAAAAGAAAAAAACAGGUUUUUUAUUUUGGUUUUAA